AAUAUUAAAAUUUCAUAGGAAAAGUAAAUUUUAAAUAUAAACAAUUUUUUCACAGUUAAUUUUACAUGAAUUUUAGACAAAUAACUAUUUUGAAAUGAUUGGCGUAAUAACAAAUAAACAAACAAAACAAUAGAAAAUAACAGGAGGCAACAAUAUAACAUUUAUGACAACAGGGAAUCUAAUCUAAGUAAACAAUAAUAUAUAUAUAUCUAGUUUUUAUAUUCCAAUGGAUAGGUCUUUAAUCAUAUUGUCAUGUCUUUAAAGAAAAAGAAAACACUUUUCCAUAUUUCUUCUCGGAUUAUAUACGUAACAAUAAAAUCUUGAUAUUAUAUUUAUAAAUGAAUAUUAAGCAUCUAUCAUUAUUUCAUAUGUUACAAUAUAAUUUCAAAUUGAAUUUGAUGCUAUUAAAUUAUUAUUAUUCCUUUAAAUUUUGGAUAUUAUUUUAUAUUUGUACAUAUCUACCUCAUUUAUAUGAUGGAUGUCAAAGUAUAGCAAAUAUAAAAAUUACUGAAUACUCUACUGAACAAUUUAUAAAUCAAUCUAAUUUUAAUACAAUUCAUUCAUCAUGGCCAAUAAAUCCAAUGAAUUCACAAUUAUCUAUUAAUUUAAGUGAUAUAUUAUUACAAAAUUUACAUUUAUCUAUAGAUGAUAUAAAUGAACCAUUAUAUUUCUCAGAUGUAGAACAAAAUGAACCAUUUAUAAUACGUCGAAGAGUAAAUGAUGAUUAUUCAAAAUAUCCAUGGUAUGAAUUAACUUCAAUUAUUCCAGUGAAUCGUGAAACAAUAUGUGAUAUAAAACGUUAUCCAGAACGUAUAUCAAUUUCUCAAUUAUGUUGUUCAACAAAUACACGAACAACGACAACAACAUCAUCAUCAACAACAACAAUAACAAACAUGGAAGCUAAUCUUCAUAGUAAAAAUAUGUAUACUUUUAAUGAUCCAUGCUGUAUGUUUUUAGAUAUUACUAUUUCAUCAAAAGGUACACAUUCUCUUCGUAUUGAUAUUAAUGAUUUAAAUGAUAAUGCACCGAAAUUUCAAGAAUUAAUAUUUGGUAAAUCAUUAAUUAAUAAACAUGAUAAUUAUGGUAGAUUUGUUAUAAAUAUUAUAGAAAAUACACCUAAUGGAAGAUGGAUACCAUUACCUAAAGCAACAGAUUUAGAUGAAGGAUUAAAUGCUUAUGUACAAUAUUCUAUAAAAUUACCAAAUAAUGAACAUGUAUGGAAUGAUUAUUUUAAAUUAAUAGAUAAUGUACAAAACAGUAAUAUUGACACAAUGUUUAUACCUACUAAAGUUUAUUUAAAUGCUGAUAUUAUUGAAUUUAAUGCUUUAGCUACAGAUUACAAUGGUCCUGGAUUACUUAUAUUAAAAACAUUAGAUCGUGAAGAAAUUUCUAGUUUCUCAUUUAUUUUAGUUGCAACUGAUAUGGGACAACCAUUUCCACGAUCUAGUUCUUUAAAUAUUUGGUUACGAAUAUUAGAUGAAAAUGAUAAUCCACCAGUGUUUGAAAAAUCUGAAUUUCAUAUUGAAGUGAAUGAAAACAAAGCUGGUAUACCAUUACUUAAUAUUCAUGUAAAUGAUUCUGAUAUUGAUUCGAAUGCACGACUUAAUUAUUAUUUACGUACAGUGAAUGGAAUGAAUCAAGUUAGUCCAGAAUAUUUACGUAAUCAUAUACAGUUAUUACCAUCUGUGGAAGGUGUUAGUCUAAGAAUUAGCCAACCCUUAGAUUAUGAAAUACAGUCUCAUUUCAUUUUUGAAAUAGUAUGUGUAGAUCAAGGUCAUCCACCGUUGUCAGCAUCUGCUCAAAUUAAAAUUACUGUUUUAAAUAUGAAUGAUAAUGCGCCAAUAAUAAAAUUUUAUCAUCAUGGACAACCGUUAGAUUCGAAUUAUGCUCAAAUAAGUAUCUAUGAAAAUGAAUUUAGCAAUUAUUCAAAAGAAAAUCAAAUCUUAUGUCAUGUACAUGUAACAGAUUUAGAUAAUGAUCUAAAUAGUAUUCAAUGUUCAUUAGAAGGGAAUGAAAGUAAACAAUUUGCGUUAAAAGAAGUUAGCACUAACAGACUUGUACAAAAACGGAAAAUUUUCGACUUGACAACAAUUAUGUUAUUAGAUAGAGAAGUUGUACCACAGCAUACACUUAUAGUUAAAUGUCAGGAUGGUAUGACAGAAUCUAGUUUAGUUGGACGUAAUCAGUUACAUAUCAUUGUGAAAGAUCGUAAUGACAAUGCACCAAAAUUUACUCAAGAACAUUAUAUAGGUCACGUGAAAGAAAACACUGCAAACACAGUUGUCGCGCUAAUAAAUUCGAACACUGAAACAGUUGUCAACUCAUAUCGAAAUGUGAUACAUGCUACUGACUUGGACAUAGGUUCUAAUGCACAAAUAGCUUACUCACUGAAGUCAUUGUACCUCCCUGACUAUAUCAAAUUUGUACAAAAUCAUACAAAGGAAAAUGAACAAAGUUUAUUAUUAUUCAUUAAAAAUCAAACACAAAGCAUUACUAUUUCAAAUGACCGCGAAUUAUUGCAGAAUUCUACUGGAGACAUUGUAGAACAUCAGACAAAACGCUCAUUAUCGUAUGAUACACAAAAAGAUGUGGAAAAUUUUUACAUAGAUCCAAUUAGUGGUCAGUUAAGAACACGCAUGGAACUAGACUGUGAACAACAAAACGUGUAUUAUUUUGCUGUGAUUGCAAUUGAUCAAGCGGUACCACCCGAGAAAAGACAUUCCACCACAGCGCUUGUAACCGUCAUAGUUGAUGACGAAAAUGACAAUCCACCAGUUUUAGAACAACAUCAUUAUAUUUUCGAUAUCUCAGAAGGUAUACCACGUCAUUCAUUAAUCGGUCAAAUUAAAUCAACUGAUGCAGAUCGAGAUAAAGAAAAUCGAUAUAUUACUUAUGAACUUCGUGAUGUAGUCAACCUAAAUGCUUCAAAUUUCAUUUAUGUGGAACAAAAUACUGGGAUUAUUUAUUCAAGGAAAAUUCUCGAUCGUGAAGAAAUACAACAAAUACCAUUUAUAAUUAUUGCUCGCAAUGAAAAACCAAAAUCGAAAUUUUCUUCCAUUCAUUUAAAUAGAACCAUAUUCUAUGAUGAAGCUAGUGUUACAAUCAAUAUAAUUGAUCAGAAUGACAAUGCACCUAUUAUGUUACACCAUGGAGAAAUACUAAGGUAUAAUGGAGGAGCAGAAGGAGGAUUACAUAGUCAAUCAAAACAACUCCAACAACUUUCAGUGGUUGACUUAAAAUAUAACAUAAAUGUUAAAGAUCCGUUCAAUUCAUGUAUUGAAUUUCCAUAUUAUUUUGCUGACGCUGAUGAGAAAGAAAAUGCACAGAUAGAUGUUACGCUUGAAACCAACCCGUACUUUGAAUUUAGAUUGGAUCAUACAAUAAUAUGUAAGAUAAGUAAAGAAGAUCCUCCUUUAGGUCAGUAUACUGUACAUGUUGUCGCACGUGACCGUCCUACUGAUCCAACAAAGUCGUUAAAAAGACGUUAUGCUGUUCGCAUUCACAUUGUUAACGAACAAGUUUCUGCGAUUGAAUCACAAACAAAUUUGCUUAAGAACAUAGAUUUUGAUUCACCGCCCGUUUCUAGAGAUACGCAUUCAACCAAAUGGCUUCAACCAGUACGUCUAAAUGGAAAAGAUAAGAAGGACUUGGACUUCGAAAAGCGGUAUCCUAAAACUGCUUCCAUCACUAAUAAUGCUUAUCAAUCAUAUCAGUCAACUAAUAUACUAGAUGAGUCUCAACAGCGCUACGGUCUAAGUACAAUAGCUAUUGUGGCAGCUCUGAUAUCUGUGGCUGGACUGCUUUGCCUCUUGUUAAUUGGUGUUGUGAUUGCUAUGAAACGAAUAGUACCUAGAACGCAUAAUGAAAUCCCGGUAUCCUUACAAAAGAACAAUGACAGAGAAACAGAUCGUUCUGGAAUAUCUGUAUGGAAUAUGACCUCUUAUCCUAGUCCUGAAUACACAUUAGACAUGGAAUCAGGGAAAAUUAUAGAACAUCAUUUAGGACGUCAAACUGGUAAAUAUCUAAACCAUGGUUCUAAUAAGUCAUUUGGAGGUGAUUCUGCAAAUCACUUAUGUCAUCCAACUUAUCCUUCCUCAACUCAUCCAUUAAAUACUUCAGCUCAAAGAUUUUCACCAGUUAGUAUAAGUUCUUUAUAUGGUUCUGUAAAGUAUAUUACACAACCUUUCAAAAUUCCAACGACAUUUAAACCUACAACAGGACAAAUUCCCAAAGACAUUUCAGUAUGUGAUGGAUCUCAUACAGAAUUAACUACAAAACACAAUUCUACACUGUCAAAAUCAUGUGACGAAUUGAGAAUAGUUACAGGACCUAUGAAUAAUUUAUGCGUUCAGAAUCAAACUACUCCAUCUUAUGAAGAACAUAUAGCGUUGAAUACUGAUCAUUUAUAUGCCAUGAAAUGUCAAACAAUCAAAUCUAAAUAUCAAGAGCUAAAUAAUAAACAAAACAAUAACAUAAUCUCAGGCGAAUACAAUAACCAAUUAAAUGAUAAAAAUGAACAAAGAAUAUGGCUUUUGUCGAGUAAUAAAAAUGAUAUUAAAAAUAAUAAACCUGGUAUAUUGUUAUCACCUGAUGACAUUUCAGAUUAUCAAAUAUUAGAACAAAUGAAAUAUCCUUCAAUAUUACGUAAAUCGGAAUGCUAUGAAAUAAUGCCUAAUUCCUCCAAGAAUAAUGAUACUAAUUGUAAUAAUUUAUUUCACGAACAACAGGAUAAUUCACAAAUUACCAAAAAAACUACUGGAUAUAAUCAACAGUCUACAACUUUAUUAUCAGCUCGUUCUCUUAAAUGUUUAAACGUACAAAAAUCAUUUGUUUAACUGUUUAUAUUAAAUACAAAGUAAUAUUUGUGGUUGGAUGAAAGAGUAAUACCUUAUCAUCUGAUUAACUAUGUUAAUUAAACUUUAAAAAAUGUUUUUUGAGUAUUUUAUUUAUAUAUCCACCCAUCCAUCCAUACACACGUACACACACAUAUACAUACAUACAUACAUGCAUAUACUUAUUUGAUUAUUUUGUUCCCAUGAUGAAAUAAAGUUCCUUUUUUGUUACAAGACUAAUUAAACCUUACUAUGAAUGUAGAUAAUAUUAUUUGUAAAAUUUAUUUAAACAGAAAAUCUAAAUAAAAUAAUAUUGACCAAUAAAAGUUUGUUACAGAA